AUGUUAUCCAUUGAAAACCCUCCACCAGAUCCCCAGUGUCCUUGUGAAAUCUCACAACUGAAAAGCAGUAAUAGUCAUGAGAAGGCUUCUGAUAAUAAGCAGCAGCUUGGGGUAGAUCUGUCCAAAUUCUCCAUAAGGGAUUAUGUUUUCAAAACUCGGAGCAAGGAUAUCAAGACUAAUUGGCCAUUUUCUCGGAAAAACUUGCAACUUUGUUUGAAACAUGGCGUGACCAAUCUGUUGCCACCUUUUCAGUCUCUUGAUUAUGCAAGAUGCUUAUCAACUGAAAAAUGUGAUGUUGGAAGCAUCACCAGCGACAAAGUGAGUAUAAGCAAUUCCGAUGGGAAGCUCUCCUGUUCAAGUGACCAUCCUGCGUCUGUCUCUUAUACCACUAUUGGGCAUGGCCAUGAGCUAAGUGCGGAUUGUGGAGACAUUAAUGAAAGUGGAUCUCGAGAAGAGAAAGAAUUUCCAUCAACCAUAACGAGUCAUUCCGGUUCUGAAAAAGAUACGGUUCCCACAAUACAAAGCCCUUGUUUGGAAGCAGAAGCAAAAAAAUUCACAGGACCUUUGACCGAGAAGCCUGUAUCAUCCAACAAGAGUGAAAAUACGAACAAAGAAACUGUAAAGAAGUGCAGAUUGAUUGUGAAAUUGAGCAACAUUGCUGACCCAAGGUUUCAAGAAGAUACGGGUGCACACACUUCUGUGGUGUCAGAAACAAUGGCUUCAAAAGUGUGCCCAGUAUGCAAGAGCUUUUCAUCUUCGUCUAACACCACUUUAAAUGCCCACAUUGAUCAAUGUCUUUCUGGGGAGUCAACAAUCAAGUGCACAGAAAAUCCUAAGGUGAUCAAGCAUAGAAUAAAGCCAAGAAAGUCAAGAUUGAUAGUAGAUAUAUAUGCAACGGCCCAACACUUCACAUUGGAGGAUCUUGACAGAAGAAACGGUACAAACUGGGCCUCAAACUUGGGUUUUCCAACUCCAAAUAUGGAGAUGUCUGUUGAAGAGAAGGAUGAGACACCAUCUCCUACUGAUGUUGAAGACAUCAAUGAUGAAGCUGCAGUCUACAUCGACUCCAAUGGCACAAAACUUCGUAUUCUAUCAAAGUUCAAUGAUCUGCAAUCAAACUCGAAUGCUGAAGAUGAUUGUAGACCAAGGAAACUUGAGAAUAGAGACAAAGAAAGCAAAUUUUCGUUGAGUAAGAAGAGAAAUUUCAUUAGGAAACACAAGCUCAUGAAAUCUGCUCCCCAUGACCAAAAUAGUUGCUUACUGAGGCAUGAUCAUUGUCACGAGAUUGACGACAGUGAACAAAUAAACAUUCCUCCUGAAGAAAGUUGUGAGACAGACGAAUUCCUGACACGACCCUUGGAAACUCGUGAUCAGAUGAAACGAAAUAAUUUUGGAAUGAUAAGACAGUGGGUAGGCUCCAAGCGAACUGGUCUAAUGAAAAAGAUUAACGGUGGAAAUCAGCAUUCGGAUAAAGGUGUACCCAAGGACUUGAGAAAUCCACAAUCACCUCAUGAAAGCAGCAAAAGACAGGAGAAUUUUUCUCCUUUAUUGCAUGAUGGAUGCAAGGAUCCUUCUUCGAGAAAGAGGGCGGGGAUUUCCUUGGCAGAUUCUCAAAGCUGUCACACUGAAAAGAAGAAACGUCUUAUGUUAUCUAAGUGCAGCGUGAAGCAGUUGAGGAACGAUGGCCCAUCAGUUCUUUAUCGUAUAAUGGAUCCUCCGAAUUGUACAGUAAAUCAUGUGCUACCUCGGAGUAACAAGAGAAUGGAGGUGCUCAAUCCUGCUAAAGAUUCUUGUAGUUCUUUUAUCAACUCAAGAUCGUCCCAGUAUCGUGCAUAUUCAUCUGGGGGUAAGAGAUUUUCAUCUUUAAGGAAUAUUUCCUUGGAUCAUGCAUUCUCAUCUAAAGGCAGGAAAUUUUCGUCUUUGCGGAAGAAUGAGUUGUCUGUCAGCCAAGCUUCUAUUCCUGAUCACUAUAAGAAAAAAUUGAGGAGAAAAUUUUUGGACCGGAAGAAGCCUUGGGUGCAUUACAUGUCAGGAUCAGAUGAAGAAGCCCUGGCACCCCAAUCCACAAUUGUUAGGCGACAUCACUUGGUAGAAGAUCUGUGUAAAAAUUCUACUCAGUUAGAACCAACUGAUAAGCUAUAUUUUGAUAGAACUAGGGUCUUGAAAAUUCGAAAGAAGAGAGAAGCACUUAUGAUCUGUAGGACGGGGGAAACCAAGUCUUUGAAAAGCUUACAACACUCUCUUGAAUCUGAUAGCCGGGCUGAGAAGAAGAUUGAUUCUUUUACUAGCGAAAAUGUUCCACCUCUUACACCCGAUGGCAUGAAAUCUUCUGGAAAAGAGGUUGAGAUUUCGGAUGACAUUGUCUGUGAGCCAAUCCCUGACAUGGCUGACGGGGGAACUUUUAUGGUUUUUAGCAAAUCAUUGGAUCCUGCAUUCCCCGUGCUUGCUGGUACUUCUGAUGUGCAAGGUCUGUCACAACAGUAUCUUGAAGCAAACAAGGAACCUUUUCUAGAUAAGCCAGUAUUGGGUGGUGAAGAGAUGUUUUGUGGGGAUGAAGUGGGGAAACUUAUCAUCACUCACGAUGCCCACAUGGUGGCAGAGUUGGAUACUAAUGAAGAACCAGGAAAUUACUUUGUGGAUGUUGAUCCGAUACCUAUUCCUGGACCACCUGGAUCCUUUUUGCCAAGUCCUGGGCAUAUGGGUUCAGAAGAUCUUCAUGGAAAUUCAUCAUUAACUACCUGCAAGGUUCAAUCUUCAGAAGAAGAGCAUGAAAUAAUUGAUAUGGAUUCAUCAGAUUCUCCAUUGUCUUUAGAACCUGAUCGUGGUGUUCAACCUGAGACUAGAUCUAGCUUCUCCCGUGCUAGCAUUGAUCCUGUGGUUGAAAGUUCCAGUCCUUUUGAGCAGGCAGCAAGUGCAGGAGAGGGAAACCUCAACAUGGAUCAAUCAAGGGCAAAUCUGAUGUUUGCCAAAUCGAGUCCUCCCAGAUUCAAAUACAGUCAGCCCUGCUGUUGCUCUAGGAAGGAGGGAGCUUUAUCGGGUGUUGCUUUAAACAAUCAAGAAUCACAACUUUUACGCAGAAGAACUAUGCCUUCACUUGCACUUCCUGCCGUAGAAAAGCAAAUGGGUGGUUUUGCAAAGAGAAAGUGUGAAAGUUUCAACUCGAGGUCAGAAAUAUUCUCUAUGAGCAAGUCAAGUUCAGAACCUGAAGAAAAUGUUGCAAAAUCAUCUGUGGGGCAGUUUAAAAAUUCUGAGGUUAGGUCCCGAACCCGUGAUGAUUACGAGUCUGCUGCACCUUCUAUUUCUAAUCCUGUUCUUAGACUCAUGGGAAAAAACUUGGUGGUAAACAAAGACAAAGAUGUGGGUGCUGAAACCGGGCCUGCCCCUUCAAGUAUCAUGAAUGACCAUGCACAGCAAUUAUCUAGGGUUGAUAAUGGUGUCACUUCUAAGAAGAUACACAAUGAGCACCAUUCAUUGCGUCAUCAUACAGUUUCUCAAGUUCCCAUCACCUUUGACCAUUUGCACUUUGAUGUCAAUUCGUCAAAUGGUUCUGUAAACCACAGCAAUCACAGGACACAAUUAUUUUCUCCUCGUCCAUUGAUGCCCAUGUUUUCAAAUAAGAAUAUCGGUUGGAGUUUCCCAUCAUCAGUGGGGUGUCACGAAAAAAUGGGCGGGUGCAACUUGACCUCUGAACAACUUGGAUCCAGGAUUAGAGUGGAUACUUCAAUAACCGAUGAUAACGAGAAAGUGCGAACUUCUUCUGCCACCAAUCUCAGGCGUGUAGAUCCUUGCGGUGGGGCCAGAGCAGAAAUAAUUGUUAUUGAUGAUACACCAGAGAGUGAAACUGGUUCAGUAAUUAAAUCAACACAUUAUGAGGGAAAUAUGAGAGUUGGGGGAUCGACAGUUGGGAUUCCGGCAUCCAUGGAAGAUUCAAGGCAUCUGAAUCCUCUCUAUCAUCAUCUGCCACGGGGUUACUGUCGUGGAUCUCCAAUCGUUCAGAGUGCAAGUUUUCAAGUGCCAACCUCCAAGGGAAUGAAUGCAAGUCCAGUUAAAUGGAAUGGCACUCCAGGAGGUUCAAGUGUAUUGCGUUCAAAUUCUAUGACAGCUUCAUCAACCUCCAAAGAUCACCUUAGAGCUACACUGUAUUCUUCUCCUCGCUUUUCAUGA